AUGCCAAGAAUUAACUCUUUUGGAGUUUUAAUCAGUAGGUGUGGUUAGGAGAGACUAUAAAAAGGGAUGAGGUGUGUUUAGGUGAGGUGUGACAGAUACAUUGGUGACGUUUUACUGUGAAGAAGAACAAAGACUGUCCAUUGCUAGGAUGAUUCUUAUUCUCAAAUAUACUGGAGCAACAAUCUUUCUACUGUCUGUUCUAAUUGAAAUUGGACAGCUUUAUCCAAACAAUGACUUUGGCUGUGAGGAGUGCAAACUCAAGGAGAACAAUAUUUUCUCAAAACCUGGCGCUCCUGUGUAUCAGUGCAUGGGAUGCUGCUUUUCCAGAGCUUACCCGACUCCUUUGAGGUCCAAGAAAACUAUGCUGGUCCCAAAGAAUAUCACAUCUGAAGCCACAUGCUGUGUUGCUAAAGAAGUUAAACGGGUUAUUGUUAAUGAUGUAAAGCUAGUGAAUCACACAGACUGCCACUGCAGCACUUGCUACUAUCAUAAAUUUUAAAAAAAAAAACAUGACUUUGAAACAAGCAUAUUUCACUAGUAUGUUCAAGAAAUCUCUUGAAUGCAAGUUACACAACACCUUUGCCCAUGUGUAUGCUAAAUACUCUAGGCUUAAUGUUUGUUAUUAAGCUGUAAUUGCUCAUCUUAUUAUUUUAGAAAUCUGUUUAAUUGUAAUUGUGUUUAAGUGUCAAAUGUGCCUUUAAAAUAAAAGCAUAUUCUGCAACUA